AACCUUCUGAGGGAAGACGAUUAUACGCCUUCCACUCGUCCGUUACCACUAUACUGCCUUUGGCGACCCAUUUUGUAAUAACGAAACUGAGAUCCGGCCAACUUCGAUCAUUCAUCUGUUCAAAUAAGGCUUUCUGUCGGCUAGUAGCGUACAUCCCCAUCAGCCAUCACCCAUGAAACCCCUAUUACCACCUGUCCCGUAGGACAGGCUGCUUUUGUUAGGCGGAUUUUUUUGGGUGCCAUCUCCCGAUUGGUACCAUAAUUUGAAAAAUUUGUCUAAUUUACAGUGACCUGGGUAGGAUGCCUCUUAUGCACCAAAGGAUCGGACAAUGUUUGCUGUCUUGGGAAAAGCAGCUCUCUAACCCUAACGUAAAGUUUUCGCUACAGACGGGUUUACGUACAUAGUUCGCAGUUCUACCAUACAGAAUCCAGAUCAAAAUGGGCUUGUCUUGCAAGCCAGAAACAAGGCAAUAUCAGUUAUCCCUACAGCUGAGAAGCAAGCCGUCUGUAGCUGAGUGGUGGUAGGUCCAGUGGACUGGUGCACCGAAUUCACGGCCUGGCAGCCUGCCAACGGAAAUGCUAACGCGGUCUCUGGUUGACUCUGUGUGUAGAGCGUUUGUUUGGAGUGACGGACUGGUGGACUGACAGUCAGGCUGUAAUGGCUUCUUCUUAAUGUGGCCUCUACUGUAUUGUCACCCCGUGGGGUCUGAGUCGGGUGUGGUGGCAUGCCAAGGGGCAAUUCCGGCAGCGCCAACCACCUGCGCCCUCUCCCACCUCUGGUCUCCUUGAUUUCGUCGUGACACCGUAAUCAGGUGGGGGGAGAGAGUGCGGUAGACGCUUCGUAAGUCUGUUACCACUUUAGACCAGUUCACGCGUAAGUCAUCGUGCCCGCUCUCACCCUGUUGUGAAGCCUACGAUGGACAUACAGUAGGUGGGCUAACUCAUGAAAUGUCAACAAAAAUUCCGAAAUGCGUUUUCGUUUCGAAAAGAUUAAUUAAGUAGGGUUGUAAAACUAGCCAGCUUGCAACAUAAUUCUGUAAUACUUCUGUUAGCACAGGAUGCCGGCGUUCGAAUGAAUUUCGUUCCGGCUGCAUGCAAAACUACACUCUGUAAAAACCGACUACUUAAGUAGCAUGAUUUUUUCUCAUUGACUUUCGAUGCCCCUAAAAGUCCAAUUAUAUUUCAUGAAAAACAUGCAUAAAAAUAGUCAUUCUUUUGCUCAUUUGGUAGAUAAUUACGUCUUCUUCUAGUUUUAUACUCGAAGGAGGGACAUAAUUCGGUUUAAAAAGUUUCAAAUUGUGGAACUUUUAAAUACCGUGAAAUGGCCGUUCAUAAAUCGUCAUUUCUCUGCAUUUACCAAUGUGGCCUGUAAAGUUAACAAUACGGAGCAAAUCCACUGCUAAAUUUUAUGAACCCUAUAUGGUGCCCCUUUAGUACCGUAGAGAAAUGUGUGGUUUUCUGUACGCCGAAAAUAUACUGCUUGAAAUUUGGAUACCCUGAAUCCAAUUGUAACGCAAGGGCAGGUUCAAAAUUAUUCGGGAAUUCAAAAAGUUUUUGGAAACCAAAUUAUACCCUUCCUUCGAGUAUAAGAUUGGAAGAAGACGUAGUUAUCUACCAAAUGAGCGAAAGAAUGAACAUUUUUAUGCAUGUUUUCCAUGAAAUAUAAUUGCAUUUUCAAGGGCAUCGCAAAUCAAUGAGAAAAUUGCGUGCUUCUUAAGUAGCCACUGUUUUACAGAGUAUGAUUAUUGCAUGCAGCCGGAAGGAAUUUUAUUCGAAAGCCGGCGUCCUGAGCCAGCUGAAAUAUUAUCGAAGUAUUUUGCAUGCUGACUAGUUUUAUAACCCUUCUUAAUUAAUCUUUUCGAAACGAAAACGCAUUUCGGAAUUUCGGUUGACAUUUCAUGAGUUAGCCCAUCUGCUGUAGUCGACAUCAGUGGCCGAACAGUCAGUGAAAAGUCCAUAAAGCAAGAAGUCGGGAGGCCAAUCAGUCAGUGUCGUCUGUGAGUGCAGGUUUUCUGGACUGUUUGAGCCCAUAGCGGAGCCGUUAGAAAUUCUCCACCAAUUUUUGCCUCAUUAAAUUUAAGCACAGCUAGGCCUGUUUCAAUAAAAAGGAAAUAUCAGUUACAAUUAAGGCAAUAAGACUGCGCAACUACUCAAAAGUCGAGUACUUUCAGUUCGAAUCAUUUUCUCGCCACGGAAAAAGGGCAGAAAGUGCGCGAUUGUUGUUCCUUCCUAGUAAUCAGGAGACCGGACACGCGCUUCACUUAUCAUCAAAAUCCGCAUUGAUUACCCAUCAGAGUUCAGCUCUGCGGUUGCUGAAGGAGCGUGCAGGUUUCAUUGCAUAAACUCCCUGAAGGAGUUGUGUGUAUUUUGAGCAUUGUCAUAACAUGGUUCAUGCUGCCUUCUGAUUCUAAACGCAAUCCCACUAUUUCCCACGGCUGAUGAUUCUUGAGCACCACAUACAUGAUCUAGAAGACGAAACCAACGGUUGGUUAUCCGGACACUAGAGAACUGCGCUCGGGGGGAGGGGGUACAAAAAAAUAUCAGCCUUUUCUCCCAGCAUAGUUGUACAUUAGUCUGUCAAAAUCAGUUUUUUUUACGAGUGUGGUUAUGCGUGCUCAGGACGCCGUUGUGACGUUUGUUUCCUUCCGCUUGUCCUGGACUGCGUUUACGCCACCAAAGUCAAGGUCACCGUCUGCUUUCAGACCGCACCUAAAAUAUGCAGAGAUUGCAGUUGUCGCGAACUACUUUUUGAACUAUAGGAGAAAAAGGUAGUCUAUGUUAGUCGGAAGUGGAUUUUGCAAUUUUCGUGCCUUUUACUGAGAUCUGGAAUCUGAGCGUAUUCCUCCCAAGUGAUAAGUGCAAUCAGCAAUCACAAAGAGGACGGUAAAAGAGUUCACCUAAAAGUAUGUGCUGUAUGGUUUUGAAAGUUGCAAUCCUGUCAUUUAAACUCCGGCAAAAGGGCUCAUCAGAUUUGCAAAAUAAUGAAACAAUAAGAACAUACCCAGUCGGGUUUCAUAGUUCCAGCGACCGAAGAGGACGAAUCCAGAUCUGCAAAACCUGGAGAAGAAAUAGAAGAAGAAGAAGAACAAGAAGAAGAAGAAGAACAAGAACAAGAACAAGAAGAACAAGAACAAGUACAAGAACAAGAAGGAGUAGGAGGAGGAGGCCGUUGUUUCUGUUUUAACAGUCCAAAUUAGUUGUGUCUGUCGGUGUUCGGGUGCGCAUGUGGUUUUUGCAUGCCCUAGUAACAGACUUUUAAAAUGGCCGUUGCAAUUCUUGGCAGAACCAAGGUCGGCAUAUACAGUAGGUGAGCUAACUCACAAAAUGUCAACCGAAAUUCAUACUGCGUUUUCGUCUCGAAAAGAUUAAGUAAGAAGGGUUGUAAAACUACUCAGCCUGCAGCAAAAUUCUAUAAUAAUUCAGUUACCUCAGGAUGCCGCCUUCGAAAGAAUUUCUUUCCCGCUGCAUGCAAAAACUAUACUCUAUACAAAACGGCUACUUACGUAGCAUGUUUCUCGUCGAUUUUCGAUUCAGUUAUAUUUCAUGGAAAACGUGCGUGAAAAUAUUCGUCCUCUUGUUUAUUCGGUAGACAAUUACAUCUUUCAAGUUGAUGUUUGAAGGAAGGGCACAAUUCGGUUUCAAAAAAGUUCCUAUUUUUGGGAUUUUUUAAUACCGUGAAAUGGUCGUUCAAAAAAUGUCCUGUUUAUGCAUUUACCAAUGUGGCCUGUAAAGUUAACACCAUGGCUCAAAUGCACUGCUAAAUUUUAUGAACUCCAAAUGGUCUCCUCUUUAUACCACAGAGAAAUGUAUGGUUUUCCGUACGCGGAAAAUAUAGGGCUAGUAGUUUUGAAACCCUGAAUGCAAUUGCAACGGCGACUCGUACUCAAAAUUAUUCGGGAAUUGGAAAAGUUUUUGAAAACCGAUUUAUAUCCUUCGUUCGAGAAAGAAAUUGAAAUAAGACGUUAUUUCCUACCGAAUAAUCAAAAAAAUUAAUAUUUUGUAUGCAUGAUUUCUAUUUAAAAAAAUUGUCGCAUUUUAAGGGCAUCGAAAAUCAAUGAGAAAAAUGCAUGCUACGUAAGUAGUCGUUUUUGCAGUGCUUGGUUUUUGUAUGCAACAGAAAGAAGCUUUUGCGAAAGCCGGCAUCCUGAGGUAACUGACUUAUUAUAGAAUUAUGCUGUCCGAUGAUUAGUUUUACAACCCUACUUCAUUAAUCUUUUCGAAACGAAAACGCAUUUGGGAAUUUCGGUUGACAUUUCAUGAGUUAGCCCACCUAUUGUAUGGAAGAGGAAGAAGAAGACGAGGAAGAAGACGAGGGAGAAGACGAGGAAGAAGAGGAAGAUGAUGAUGAGGAGGAGGCGGAGGAGGAGGAGGAGGAGGAGGAUGAGGAGGAAGUGCGGGAGCGGCAACAGGAGGAGGAGGAGGAUGAGACCGUUGUUUUUGUUUUACCAGUCCAACUUGCUUAG